UUAUAUAUAAAUAUUCCACUUUAUCGGGGGGGGGGGGGGGGGGGGGGGGGGGGGGGGGGGGGUGGGAUGGGGGGGGGGGGGGGUGGGGGGGGGGGGGGGGGUGGGGGGGGUGGGGGGGGGGGGGGGGGGGGGGGGGGGGGGGGGGGGGGGGGGGGGGGGGGGUGGGGGGGGGCCGCGAUUAG